AUGGACCGCCUAAAGGGCAAAAGAGCCGCGCGACGAGCACAAGUUACGAAACUGGUGAAUGAGCUGGCGGAACUUCGAGCCCAAGACAACGUCCACAAGACAACGCUAGAGAGCCUACUCGCCCGACUCAUCUCUAACGAUACAGAGUUACGACAGAUUAACAAAGAUGUUGAACCACUACUCAAACCAGAUGAGCUCGAGGAAGAGUACCCAACCAUCAUCGCCUACGAGGACGAAGCUCAUGGUGCUAUAGCGGAACUUCGAACGAGGAUUGCCGAGACGCAGAUCACCGAGCAACCGACAACUCAGAACCCGUCUGUGCCCACAUCAUCAGGAGCGGAAAGACCACGCGCUGGAGCUAAGCUCCCGAAACUACAGCUGCAGUGCUUUGCUGGCGAGUUAACACGCUGGCAAGCAUUUUGGGAGCACUACAAGACGACCAUACACGACAACACCACCCUUGCGAAGGCUGAGAGGUUCCAAUACCUGCGUUCAUUACUCCGAGGAUCGGCUGCUUCAGCCAUCAUGGGACUUCAGGCUACGGAGUCAUGUUAUGAUGACGCCAUAGAGAUCCUGAAGGAGCGAUUCGGAGAUCGGAGCCGCAUCGAGAGGGAACAUUUGUCCAGGCUUCGCAAUCUGCCUGCCGUGAGAUCAACCGGCGACGUACACGGACUGAGAAAGUUGUACGACCACGUCCAGAACCACGUACGCGGACUGCGCGCCCUCGGCGUUUCAAGUGAAAGUUACGCCUCAAUGAUGGUGGACAUUCUGUUUACGUCGCUGCCGCAGGAUAUGGUGGUUGAGUAUCAUCGGUUGGCCAGGUAUACGUCGACUGACGAACAAGAAUCGACCAGCGGAUCGGAGUCCGAAGCAGACGAGGGGUUAACAAAGGUACUGAAUUUCCUUCGCAUUGAAAUUGAGAGUCGGGAACGCUCAGGAGUACGAGACCGGAAUCAAAAUCCAAACAAAGGCAAUGGAUCCGACAAAAAAUCGAGCAGCUUUAUUCCAACGGGUGCAGUGCUGCAGAACGGCGUGCAGUUGCAAAACAAGUGCUUCUUCUGCGACGCUUCCGAUCACGCUGCGCCACAGUGCCAAGGCCGCCUCUCUCCGUCCGAAAAGAAGAACAAGUUAGCAAAAAAUAUGCGCUGCUUUAGAUGCACAAAAAGAGGCCAUCGCUCGAAGGACUGUCGUGCAAGGAUUACUUGCGAUCACUGCGGAAAACGGCAUGCUUCGUCCAUGUGCUCCCCUCCUGAGACAGGCGAGAAAAACGAAAGUCAAGUGGAGAGUACAAAUAUUGUGGCGAUAAAUACUGCCCCAGUAGAGCAGGACUCCAACGUCCUACUGCAAACGUUUCGAGCAUGGUUAACCUCCGGUUCAAAGACCACGUAUCUUCGGGGACUAAUCGACGGAGGUAGCCAGCGUACCUUCGUGCGCGAAGAUGUAGCGAAAAGACUCAAGCUCAAGGUAGUGGGGGAAACGUCACUGCAACUCAACACCUUUGCCAACGAUACCACCACUAGAAGACCAGUGGUAAAGGUGAAGAUUGUGCAGCUAGUGCUCCAUAGCCAAUACAACUCCGAAGCGUACAUCAUCGAGGCCCUGACGAUCCCAUUUAUCUGUAAAGACCUCACUGCCACACCGACGGAUAAUGAAUUCAUACGUUCUGUCCGCCGUCACAAAGGAUUCAUUGCAGACGAGGUGACGUGCCCAAAUAUUCCCGGCGAAUCUGGAAUCAGCGUUUUGAUUGGGUGCGACCACAUGUGGCGGCUGCUGAGCGGUGAAGUAUGCCGAAGCAAGGACAACGACAAGUUGGUGGCAAUCUCGACAGUUUUUGGAUGGACGUUUCAGGGACCAACGACGUUAUCUGCCCACCUCGGCAUCGACAGCACAACUGCUGUGUGCGUGUUGCGUGUGGGUGUAACAGAGAAACCCCCACCGGACUAUCUGAAACGAUUCUGGGAGUUGGAGAGCGUGGGAAUUGUCGACGAUGAAAAGAACAAUACGCUGAUCAAUUCAUCCGUCAUGGAGGAAUUCGAGGAAAAUAUCACGUUCGUCGAUGGUCGAUACCAAGUUGCUCUGCCAUGGAAAGCAGGGAUGGCCACAUUGCCCGAUAACCUGGAGGUGGCGAAAUGCAGGCUACAGAGUCUCGUGCGGCGGCUACAGCGAGAUGGCAGCGUGAGGGAGUACGACGACGCCAUAAGGGCCUACGCCAAAAACGACCACGCAGAAAGGGCAACUGUCGACGCGCGGGAUUCGGACUGCACGUGCUACUACAUGCCACAUAGAGCGGUGAUCCGCGACAGUUCCACUUCCACAAGAUUACGGGUCGUCUUCGACGCCUCGUCUCACGGUCACGCAGCCACGUCCUUGAACGACCAUCUUGAAAAGGGUCCAAAACUGAAUUCCGAUCUGAUACCCAUUUUGCUGCGCUUCCGCAUGUACAAGAUUGCGAUUACGGCAGACAUUCAGAAAGCAUUCCUGCAAAUCAGCAUCAGACCAUCAGACAGAGAUGCAUUGCGUUUUCUCUGGUUCUCCAGCCCGCCUUUUCCUGGUGCCCCAUUGCCAGCACUUGAACAUUGGAGAAUGACCCGCGUGCCUUUCGGGACUUCCGCGAGCCCAUUUCUGCUUGCGGCUACUCUGCAACAUCAUCUGCAAAACACGAAAGGAACCGACGAGGACAUUGCCGUCACUUUGGCCGGCUCCUUUUACGUAGAUGAUCUGCUCAUGGGUGCCGAUACGCUGGACGAAGCAAGGAGAAUCACCGCGGGAGCGCAGGCCAUAAUGCAACGGGCAGGGAUGAGGCUGAGCAAGUUGUCAUCGAGUGCCAUGGAGCUGCAAAGUGUUUUCGAAGAGCUGAACACGGACAACUGCAACGUGAACAAGCGACUGGGAGAUACUGAAGACAGAAAAGUCCUUGGCAUCGUUUGGGACAGAACUGGUGAUAACUUCAGGUUUUCUGCCGAACAUCUACUGGUCACCAUGACCGCCGCAACGCCGACGAAGCGCAGCGUGUUGCAAACAUGUGGCAAGAUCUUUGACCCGCUCGGUUUCCUCGCUCCUUAUACAAUCAGAGCGAAGAUUUUAUUCCAGAGAAUAUGGGAGCGAGGACUGGACUGGGACAACGAGCUCCCAGAUGACUUGUUACAAGAAUGGAAAUCAUGGUGUGAGGAGUUGCCGAAGCUCGGCAUCAUUUCACUGGAACGAUGCCUUACACCUGUGAAUGGGACCGGCUACACGGCGGAGCUACAUAUAUUUACCGACGCCAGCCCUCAAGCCUACGGUGCAUGCGUCUUCGUACGGACGGUAGACGACAUGGGAGCUGUCAAGGUGGGGCUGCUGUUCGCAAAGUCCCGCGUGGCACCCAUCAAGAAGCUCACUCUGCCACGUCUCGAACUGAUGGGUGCGGUGAUCGGGAUUCGAAUUGCCAAGCUCGUGCGUGAUUCGCUACAAAUCCUGUCAGGCGAACCAACCUACUGGACGGAUUCCACUAUUGUCCUCAGCUGGAUCAAGGGUGACUCAAUUAGAUGGAAACCGUUCGUCAAGAACCGUGUGACGGAGAUCCAAAGCAACAGUGACCCAUCACAAUGGCGACACUGCCCUGGGGCUUCAAACCUAGCCGACGCUCUUACUAGGGGACUGAGAGUGGACGUCCUGGCGGAAUACAAACAGUGGUUCAUCGGACCAGAAUGGAUGCGCAUUGCACCCGAACUCUGGCCACCAACGAGUACACAGGAAACAGAGCUCGACAUGGUACAAGAAGAGCAACGAGUACAAGACGUCGCCGUGAAUCACGUGCAGAUAAAAGCCGACUUGCUGUUGAAUCCCAAAGAUUACAGCAACUACCAACGCAUAUUGCGAGUCACGGCAUGGAUUUUUCGGUUUGCGGAAAACUGCCGGCGAAGAAACCGCAAGAACGGUCCACUCACCGCUGAGGAAAUGGACAGAGCCGAAAUAUUCUGCAUCAAACAAGUACAGAGCGAUGCUUACGCAGAUGAGGUGCUAGUCCUUUCCCACGGCUUGGCACUACAGAAGUCGUCAAGGAUAGCGGAGCUACAGCCAUACCUCGACGGGGAUGGACUCCUGCGACUCACUGGAAGGCUGCAGUGCGCUGAAGAAUCCGAAGAAAUUAAACACCCCAUUCUGCUGCCAAAGGAGCAUGAGCUAACUCGACACAUCGUGGAGGCGGCACAUCGUCGCACUUUACACGGAGGACUCCAGGCCACGCUCUCGGAGAUACGUGAAAAGUGGUGGAUCACUCGAGCCAGGCAACUGGUAAAAACAGUCAUAAACCAAUGCAGAGUAUGCGCUCGCUUUCGGGCAUGCCAUGCAACAGCGCCUACGGCGCCUCUACCUGCAGAUCGACUUGAGCGGAGACAUCCCUUUGACACCACUGGAAUCGAUUUUGCCGGUCCACUAUAUGUAAAGGUGAGCGACACACAGGUGAAAUCAUACAUAGCUCUGUUCACCUGUGCCACCUCAAGGGCCGUCCACCUUGAACUGGUGUCCGACCUGACUUCUAAAGCCUUCGUAAUGGCGUUUCGACGUUUCAUUUCACGAAGAGGAGUGCCCUCAACAGUGUACAGCGAUAACGCCCUCACAUUCAAGAGAGCGGAACGUGACAUCCGCAAUUUAUGGAACGUUAUCCGAAACGAAGAGGUACAAAACUUCGCUUCCGAACACCGGAUACACUGGAAAUACAUCGUUGAACGUGCCGCCUGGUGGGGUGGAUUUUGGGAGAGGAUGGUUAGAACUGUAAAGCAGUGCCUCCGACGAGUUCUCGGACGACAAUGCUUGACAUUUGAGGAGAUGACAACUGUCUUGCAUGAAGCGGAGGCAACCGUUAACUCUCGUCCACUAACCUACCUCUUCACCUCACCGACCGAGCCAAGUGCACUGACCCCGGCACACCUUUUGAUCGGGCGUACUUUGACUGCACUACCUUCGCCACCACCCAGCACUAUUAGGCCAUCGACUGCAGCAGAGCUAAGAAAGCGAUGGAGACACCUCCAAACUGUGGCCGACCAAUUUUGGCGACGAUGGAGACGCGAAUAUCUGCUGGAGUUGAAAUCUGCCCACGUUGCCAGAGUGGACAACCCAGUGGGGAUCAAGGAGGGGGACGUAGCUCUCCUACAUGAAGACAAGAUUCCACGUCACUUGUGGAAAUUAGUUCGAAUACUGGAGCUCUACAAGGGAAGGGACGGCCAGGUUCGUUCCUGUGUUGUCAAGUUGCCGUCUGGUCGUAUCACACGAAGACCAGUGCAGUUACUCUUCCCAUUGGAAUGCCUGUAG